ACGUUGGAAGAAAGAAACCAUGUUAACGGAACAAUAAUAGUUAGUUUACACAAACUCCUCACGGAACUCUGCCGUAACCAGUACUUUAGCUACACAACCCUUCCAUAUAAAACGACAACGUUCUAUCAACUCCUUCUAAACCUUCCCCCCGCCUUCAAAACUAUAAUAUUAAUAAUAAUAAUAAUAUCGCCACCGCCACCGCCACCGCCACCACAACCACCGUCAUCUCGCCGGAGUUUCCACCUUCCACCACUCCACCACCACAAUCCACUCCACAACCCACUCAAUCCACCACAAACCACCUCACAAAAUGGUCGACAACAAGCGCAAACGCGGCCGUAAACCCAAAUCCAUCGUACCCGAAACCCUAGAUCUCCAAUCCACCAAACCACCGUCUUCAUCCACCUCCAUCGACGAUCUCACCACCACCAUCACCACCACCACCCCGACCUCCACUCACCACCACCACCACCUCCGCCGCCGUCGCCGUAAUCCCCCACCCGAAACCCCCGAUAAAACCCUAAUUUCCGCCUCCCCAUCUAACCACAUCGAAAACGGUAAAAUUAACGGUAACGUUAGUUUGAACGGUAAUGGUAGUUUGAACGGUUUGAUGCUGGAUAGUGUGGUGAUGGCGAUGGCUAGGGUUGUGCCCGCAAUGGAUGCUGUUGUGAAGGUGUUUUGCACCCACACCGAACCGAAUUUCUCGUUACCAUGGCAGAGGAAGAGGCAGUUUAGUUCUAGUAGCAGUGGGUUUGUGAUUAGUGGAAGGAGAGUGUUAACUAAUGCACAUUCAGUUGAGCAUUAUACACAGGUUAAGCUUAAGAAACGCGGGUCCGAUACGAAGUUUGUCGCCACGGUUCUUGCAAUUGGGACUGAAUGCGAUAUCGCUUUGCUUACUGUUGAGGAUGAUGAGUUUUGGGUGGGUGUAUCGCCUGUUGAGUUUGGGGAUUUGCCUGCGCUUCAAGACGCGGUUACGGUUGUGGGAUAUCCGAUUGGGGGAGAUACGAUAUCGGUUACGAGUGGGGUUGUUUCGCGUAUAGAGAUAUUGUCUUAUGUUCAUGGGUCGACUGAGCUUUUGGGAUUGCAGAUAGAUGCUGCGAUUAACUCGGGGAAUUCUGGCGGGCCUGCGUUUAAUGAUAAGGGGAAUUGUGUUGGUAUUGCGUUUCAGUCUCUUAAACAUGAGGAUGCUGAAAACAUCGGAUAUGUCAUACCAACGCCUGUGAUAAUGCAUUUCAUCCAAGAUUAUGAGAAAAAUGGAUCGUAUACGGGAUUUCCUAUUCUCGGGGUCGAAUGGCAGAAGAUGGAAAACCCUGAUUUGCGUAAGUCUACAGGGAUGAAAGAUAACCAAAAAGGUGUUCGUAUUCGAAGAAUUGACCCCACCGCUCCUGAAUAUAAAGUUCUAAAACCGUCUGAUAUUAUUCUUAGUUUUGAUGGGGUCGAUAUUGCCAAUGAUGGAACCGUUCCGUUUAGGCACGGAGAGAGGAUUGGUUUUAGCUAUCUCGUAUCGCAUAAAUACACCGGAGAUACAGCUCAAAUCAAAGUCCUGCGCGACUCAAAAAUCCUGAAAUUUAAUAUCAAGUUUGAGACUCACGGAAAACUAAUUCCUGCACACAAUAAGGGUAGACCUCCGUCUUAUUACAUCAUUGCAGGUUUGGUUUUUACAACCGUAUCUGUUCCGUAUCUUCGUUCCGAGUAUGGGAAGGACUACGGAUACGAUGCUCCAGUUAAGCUGUUAGACAAACUUCUGCAUGAAUUGCCGAAGUCGCGAGAUGAACAGACUGUUGUUGUUUCACAGGUACUUGUGGCUGAUAUCAACAUAGGAUACGAGGAGAUUGUCAACACUCAGGUUCUUGCUUUCAAUGGUCAACCCGUGAAGAAUCUUAAAAGCUUAGCGAACAUGGUAGAGAGCUGCACCGACGAAUAUCUAAAGUUUGAAUUGGAAUAUCAGCAGAUAGUGGUACUCCAAACAAAAACCGCCAAAGCAGCAACAGUGGACAUCCUCUCAACUCAUUGUAUACCUUCUGCCAUGUCAGAUGAUCUCAAGACCUGAGAGACAAACUUAACGGUAUGAUCUACCAUAGUUGACCUAAUGUCGGGUCAACGGAAGUUCUUUGGAGCCCAUAUUUUGGGUUUUGAGGAACUGGAUUAGCUCUCUAUUUAAUCGUAGUGAGCGGGAAUAUAUACGGGUAUGGCAUGAAGUAGGAGGAAGAUAUAAUGCGGGUAUUGCUUUAUCUUCCAUUUUGAUUUUAUUACCAUUACCCAUUUGAAUUGUUUAUCUUCAUAAUGUGCAUGUUCUUGGACCGAUAGUUAAAAGAUUGAAUCAUUAUUUAUUAAUACCAGCUUUGUUAUGUGUAUCAUUUUUAA